AUGGCCUCUUCCCUCAGAAUCCUGAGCAAGCGCCCCUCUCCCCUGCUGUCCAGCAGUCGGGCGACGCCUCCCCCACCCGCCAAGGGUGCGCUGCUUCUGCCCGUUAGCGACCGCCGCUUCGUCCACGUCGGAGUGAAGAGCGAGACCACGCCCGCUCCAACCAAGCCGUCGGAGUCGCAAGCAAUUCCGCUCGGCGCGUAUUACGAGUACAUACUCCACGAGCCGCAGCCGGUGGACAAACAGAAGCACUACGAGCCUCCAUCCUCUGCCGCCGCGGAUGCCGAGGCGUCCAAGGCCUCUGAGCCUUCUAAACAAUCGACCUGA